UUUGGACGGAGCCGAAGGCUCCAACAGAGCGCACGGAUGCAUUGCUCGCCCUUCCCCAUUCAAAGUCAAUGGGGAUCAGUCAACGGACGGAGGCAGUGGGCACGAGAAGGAGGCUACCGCGCAGGCGCAGUGGUGAUCUCUGCCCUGCGGCGCAGAGAGGUCAGGCGAUGGAAGAGGACCAAGCAGCGGAGGAGACCGCCUUCGUCGUCGAAGAGGUGAGCACCAUAAUUAAAGAGUCUGUAGAGGGGGUGAUUGGGGCGAAUGGCUACCAGCACAGCAGGGUGCACCAGUGGACCAAUAAUGUGGUGGAGCAGUGUCUGAGUCAGCUGGGCAAGCUGAACAAACCCUUCAAGUACAUCGUGACCUGUAUCAUCAUGCAGAAGAACGGAGCAGGUCUGCAGACAGCCAGUACCUGCUUCUGGGACAACACCACUGAUGGAAGCUGCACAGUGAGAUGGGAGAACAAGACCAUGUACUGCAUCAUGAGCGUGUUCGGCCUGGCCAUCUGAAUUCACUUCUGAACGUUGACUUUUUUUUAAAUGACAUGUAUUCUCAGGUUUAAUAGGGAUAAACUUCACUGACAUAUCAUA